GUUUAUAUGAUUUACAGAAAACUAUAACUAGAGAUAUAAAAAUCCAAAUUGUGUUACCUUUUUUUAAUCUUGCACGUACCAAACUUCAAAAUUUGAGACUAUGCAAAAUCUUUAUUUUACUAUCUCUUGAUUUUGACUUCGUUUCAGAGUAAAUCUCUCGCACUCUCUCUCUCACUCGAGCAAUUGAAGAAAGACUCAAGAUUUACGAGUUUCCUCCAAUCGCAAAGGCAAUUGAGGUGGCCUUGAGAUCAGAACAAGGUAUUAACCAGGAAGAAGUUGAUCCAUUUGUGAGCAUGGACCAGGAACAUACAGACGAUUUGUUAAACCAUUUGGAGAAGCAACAUGAAUUGCUCAUAAAAGCUCGUAGGAUGAUGACUCAAGAACUCCAAAAAGUUGAGGUGGAAGAAGAGAUGAUGAUGAAGAAAUUAUAUGAGUUAAUGUCUACACAUUACGUCAAUAAGAAGAAAAUGGAGACUCAAAAUAUGUCGCAAACUAAAGAAAUAGUUGAAAUGGAAGCUUCUUCUGAUAAGCCAUUCAGAGCAUAUUAUAGAAGAAGAUUGAAGAAUGUAGCACAAAGGAAGUCAAUGGAGAGAGUUGACCAGGAUGAUGAGUUGGCAGAUAAAUAGAGCAAAGACUCGAUUGUGAAGAGAGAGGCUUUGCUGUUACGGAUUUGGAGUUUAUAUAUAGAACAAUCUUUGUUUUCCUUUUAUGGUUUAUGUUCUGACUGUUGUAAUGAAAUGAGAAGCGUUAUGAGCUUAUCAAUGGCGAUGAUCAUCUCGUCGUGAGAGAGAGAGAGUUCUUCUUCUUCUUUCAAUAAUCUAUUCUCUUGUAUUUCACCAUAAUAUUCAAUAAGAACAGCAU